GAAGGUUGAGAACUGCUGCUCUAGAUGUUUUCUAAAAAGUUAAACAGUCACAUUCCAUAUGACCCAACUAUUCCACUCCUGGAAAUUUACCCAAAGGUAAUGAAAGCAUAUAUCUACAUUAUGUACAAGACUUGUACAUAAAUGUUCAUAGCAGUUUUAUUUGUAAUAACCCAAACUUGGAAACAACUAAACAGUCAAUGCAUGAAUGAGUAAACAAUUUGUGACACAUCUAUGCAAUGGAACACUAGCCAGCAAUGAAAAAAAAAUGAAUUAUUGAUGUACUCAACAACAUGGAUGGAUCUCAAAAGAAUUUUGCUCAGUGGAAGAAGCCACACGAAAAACAGUACAUGUUGUAUGAUUCCAUAUACAAUAUAUAUAUACUUAUAGAAAUGCAAACUUAUCUAUAGUGAUACAAAGAAUAUCAGUAAUUGCCCAGAGGGUUGUUUUUAAUGAUGAAAGGAGGGAGUGAUUACAAAAGAGACAUGAGAAAACUUUUUGGGUGAUAGAAUGAGUUAUUAUUUUCAUUGUUGUGAUGGCUUCACACAACUAUGUGUAUGCAUCAAAAUGUAUCAGGUGAUGCACUUGAAAUAUGUUCAGUUUACUAUGUAUCAUUUACAGCUCAAUAAAGUAGAAAAAAAAGAAACAAAGGUUCUAUGAGUUGAGUACUAUUUUAAUGUUUUCAACUUUUACUUAUUCAGUAGGCGUCUAUAAAAUAAAAGUCUAGUUAGCUUUAAAAAAACACAGUAACUCUCUUCCCCCGAAUUUAUUUUGGGCAAAAUAAGAAAUGUCUGGAGUUUUAGGGCUUUUAAAACAGGAAUAAACUACAGUUUAACAUGUGAUAGGGAAAGAGGAAGAGAGCCUCUGGACUUAAGGGGUGACCACUGAUGGGCGGGGAGAUCAGGAAUGGAAACCAAGAAUGAAACAUGGAAGGAUAUUUGGGAAGCCACAAGACGGUGCCUAUACACUCUCACUGGCAACUAGACAAAUUCUGUAGGCAGGUGGGUCUAAGUGAAUUUCAAUGUUACCACGUACGACAGGUCCUCACUUAUGAAAACUGUUCCUCCCUGAGUUAGUCCUACAAGGGGGUAACUCCGUGUUUGGCGCGUCAAAUCAAGGCAGACACCCGUCCCCUCUCUCCUCUCCAGGUUUGCCCUAACGCCAGGUCCAGUUCUCGGUCGCCCCCUGGUGGCGAACGCCCCGGGACCCGCAGGCGCAUGGGCAAGGCCGGAGCAAAGGUGCCGGCAAUAAAAGACGCCGCAAGGGAGGGGAGCGGUGGGUGCCUCCCCAGGCCUUUGCGGCUUCUGCAUCUUGGCACGGGUCUGGCUGCCCCGGAAUCCGGUUUCCCAAACGCGGGGCUCAAGCCCGCUCCUCGGCUUCUACCCGUCCAAUGUCAUUCAGGUGUUGCCGGGUAGGAGUCGGGGUGAGGGAGGGGCAUUGUAGGGUUGUGACCUGAGGGUUUAAGGGAGGACGUCCUGGCAUUUGGAAACGAAGGGGCGCCGAGGAGCCCCGACUGUAGGAGGAUUGUCACCAUUAGACCCCUCCCCCGUCACGUUCCGAAGAACCGAGUGAAGAGGGAAACCAGGUGACUUCUUUAAAUCCUAAAUAGUUUUUUCCCACCUUAGAAUCCACCCUGUUCCCGCGUUGUCCCAUAUAUUGAUCUGUCACUUUACCUCCGCUUACAGAAGGUUGGAUAUCGUCCUCGUGUCCCAUCGUCCCCAACCCUCAAGUGGCAGAGGGUGGGCAGUCCGGCAGCAGGGACCUGGUUCACCUGCCCGAGGGCAUAGGGGGAGGAACCUCCGUGGGCUCCGAGGGUGAGGUGAGGACCAGCGCGAGGUGGGCAGGGGUGGACUUCUGAUACGGGAGUUAGGAACGGGCAGAGGCGCCCACACCUCCAGGUCCCAACCCAGGCGAAGAAACUGCGUGACAUUCCAGUCCACGCAUGAUUGACAGGAGAGUCCUGGCCCAGGAGGCGGGUGUGGGUGUGUAGAGGCGGAGACACAACCCAAAUCGCACGUAAAGCGGGGCCAGGGCUUGGUCUCCUAGACGGUCUGGGUCUGGUGCCACCUAUCCCGCCAGGCUAUAGGGUGGCUUCGCGAAGUCUGACACCCAGAGCAAGAAAAGGAUUACGGAGUGUCCCUCCCUGGACCUGUAGCCUGCAAAGAAGGCACAGGGAAGCCGGGAGCCCCGUGCACCCCUUCCCGGGCAGCUUCAGCCUCAGGCGGGACUGGCUCGCGGUUCCCUCGCGGCUCUGCGCGGAGGUCCGCCUCCCAACGCCCUCCUCCAUCCAGCGAGCUGCCUCCGCCUCCUUCCUCUGCCUCCACCCUCAACCCCUGUCCCCGUCUGUCUGGAGCUGGGCUCCGAGCCCUCAGUCGGCCUGAGCUCUGGAUGUGGGCUCGGGACAAGUCCACGGCGUCUCCACCCAAGAUGGACAGCCGGUACACCAGCACUGCGGGCCUCGGGGACUUGAACCAGCUGAGCGCGGCCAUCCCGGCCACGCGGGUGGAGGUGUCCGUGUCCUGCAGAAAUCUUCUUGACAGAGACACCUUUUCUAAAUCUGACCCAAUUUGUGUCUUAUAUGUACAAGGAAUUGGAAAUAAAGAAUGGAGAGAGUUUGGGAGGACUGAAGUAAUUGAUAAUACAUUGAAUCCAGAUUUUGUAAGAAAAUUUAUCCUGGACUACUUUUUUGAAGAAAGAGAGAAUCUUCGUUUUGACUUGUAUGAUGUUGACUCAAAGAGCCCCAACUUGUCCAAACAUGACUUUCUGGGACAAGUGUUUUGUACAUUGGGGGAGAUUGUUGGUUCACAGGGAAGUCGCCUGGAAAAGCCAAUAGUAGGAAUUCCAGGAAAGAAAUGUGGAAUAAUCAUACUUACCGCAGAGGAAUUAAACUGUUGUAGGGAUGCUGUUCUGAUGCAAUUUUGUGCUAACAAAUUGGACAAGAAGGACUUCUUUGGAAAAUCAGAUCCUUUUCUUGUAUUUUAUCGAAGUAAUGAAGAUGGCAGUUUUACAAUUUGUCAUAAAACAGAAGUUGUCAAAAACACUCUAAAUCCUGUAUGGCAAGCAUUCAAGAUCUCAGUCAGAGCAUUAUGUAAUGGCGAUUUUGACAGAACAAUCAAAAUAGAGGUAUAUGACUGGGAUCGGGAUGGGAGUCAUGAUUUCAUUGGAGAAUUUACAACAAGCUAUAGGGAACUUUCUAGAGGGCAAUCACAAUUCAACGUAUAUGAGGUGGUGAAUCCCAAAAAGAAAGGAAAGAAGAAAAAAUAUAUUAAUUCAGGAACAUGUAUUGUGCCAAGUUCUUACCUUGUAGGUACCACCUAUCUGAUGCUAUCCAAUGUAACACAAAUCAAUUUUACAGUGGCUAUUGAUUUUACAGCAUCAAAUGGCAACCCUGCCCAGCCCACUUCUCUCCACUACAUGAAUCCUUAUCAACUGAAUGCCUAUGGUAUGGCACUGAAAGCAGUGGGAGAAAUCGUUCAAGAUUAUGACAGUGAUAAAAUGUUCCCAGCUCUAGGUUUUGGUGCAAAACUGCCUCCAGAUGGAAGGAUAUCUCAUGAGUUUGCUUUGAAUGGGAACCCUCAAAACCCCUACUGUGAUGGCAUUGAAGGGGUCAUGGAGGCUUAUUAUAGGAGUCUGAAAUCUGUACAACUGUAUGGGCCAACCAACUUUGCUCCUGUAAUUAAUCACGUAGCAAGAUAUGCAUCCUCUGUAAAGGAUGGUUCCCAGUAUUUUGUGCUCCUGAUUGUGACAGACGGUGUUAUCUCCGAUAUGGCUCAAACUAAGGAGUCUAUAGUUAACGCUUCAAAACUUCCAAUGUCAAUAAUUAUAGUAGGUGUUGGACCAGCAGAAUUUGAUGCAAUGAUUGAGUUGGAUGGAGAUGAUGUAAGAGUUUCCUCCAGAGGAAAAUAUGCUGAAAGGGACAUUGUGCAGUUCGUGCCCUUCAGGGAUUAUAUUGAUAGAAGCGGAAACCACAUACUGAGCAUGGCGAGACUGGCUAAAGACGUCCUAGCUGAGAUCCCGGAGCAGUUUCUCUCCUACAUGAGGGCCCGAGGAAUCAAGCCAUCGCCUGCGCCUCCCCCGUACACCCCGCCUACUCACGUGCUACAGACUCAGAUAUGAGCGUGCUCAGAAAUGUUAAUGUUAAGUGCACGUCAGUUAGAACUGCUGAGUCAAGCUUUGCUCCUGGUGCUCAGUUAUGAACCAGGGAAUGAGAAACUUUUCUCCGUUUGGUUUCAGCAGUACUGGUUAAUCUGCUUUCUGGAUCCAAAAUGAAUUCUCUUCCUAAACCAAAACUGUAAAUAUGGUUGUUGCAUGAGCAACAGAAAAAAUGUUUGAAUGCUUGAAGCAAAAUAUGGGUGUCUUCUCUGAAUCUUCACUUUUUUUUUUUUUUGGACAAAAACAGCUAAUUUCCAUUGUAUUGUUGGAAAAAAGCACAAACUAUGUUUUUAACUCAAAUAUUGUCCUCGACUGCUUUGUGUAUAGGAAAGCAGUCUCUCUGUAUCAAUGUUUACAUGUUACUACUUUUUAAAUUUCAAUACUUUUAUAACUGUUCUUAAGACUACGAGUUUUGAAUAUUGAAUCCUUUGUCUUCAAAUUACAAUAGCUAUAAUCACAAGAGCAAUAUCUCUUUGAAUGACUGUCUGGACAAAUACAAUUGCAAACAAAGGAAAGGAAAAAUACUUUUGUAUUUUUCUCAGUAUGUGAAUUAUCUUAUGAAUUUCCACCUGCUUAGUAAUCAGUUCCUAUGCCGAGUUGGCCAAAUACGGAAGUUGAAGCUUAGCAGAUGUGUAUCCUGUAAGAACAUACAUUUUUCAUGGAGUUUGGGUUCUAAAUUUAGACUGCAGUCAGUUUAUGUUUUGUGAUGCUAAAUAGAAAUUUUUAAAAAGCCAAAACAUUGUGAACUGUAAAUGCACAGAAAAAUGCUCUGUGUAAAAAAUAGCAUCUUUAUAGUAUGCUAUUUAGAAAGACUAAACCCCAGAAUAUUUAACUAUGAACCAUGUAGCAGACGUUUUAAACUUUUUAUUCCAUUGUACCUUAUCUAGAUAUUUUAAUUCAAAGGGAUACUGGUUCUCUUGGAUUCCUUAUCACCUUUCCACAUUGCCACACAAGGUGCACAGGCCGGAGAUUUGUGUGAAAUUCCCAGUGACUUAGUGCACAACCCAUUUGUGAAAUAACCCACUCCUAUAUACUAAUCUGCCUGUCCACAGUUACUUGUAAAGAGUUUUUGCAUGUACAGUUUUUCAAGAAUUACAGUUUUGUGAUGUUGUGUCCAAAUUAAAGCAUUUUAGAACAAAUGGCCUUAAAUUCUCACAGAAUUCCUGGAAAUGAUUGUGAAUUGCCUUCAAAUAAUAGAAAAGUGUAUUUAUUUAUUUUUCUUUUGUGUCAACAAUGUAAUGGCUUUAUAAUAUUUUCCUUACUUUUACUAUUUACUACUUACUUUAUUUUUACUGUAUGUUGUUCUCUUUGUCCCAAGUUGACUUCGGGUGACUUUUAUAAGCAUGAAACUAUUUUACUGAAAAGAAAAAUAUAUACAUCCACAUAUCUGACAGUAUCAAUGUUAUAUAAUUAUGUAAUAUGAAAUUGUCCAUUUUUAAGUAUAUAUUAAAAUCUUUAAAAGGAUAACUCUCUGCUCCGUAAAGUUCAUGUAUACUGACAUGGAGUCUGAUAUUUGCUUUACUGAUCAUAAAUAAUUAUGCUAGUAUAGUUUAUUAACCUAGAGACUUUUUAUUUAUCUUCAUUCAUUCAAAAUAACAAAAAUAAAUAAGAUCAGUAGUCUUUC